AUGGCGGCCACCAACCCAUCCUCUCCGUUGCGAGGGGAGCAGGUGGGAGGCGGCGACGGCCCCACGUUUCCCGCGGGGGACGCGUUGACGCCGGAGGACUACUACGUGUCGGUGGAGAACAUCCAGCUUCUCUGGCUGAGCGGCGCCAUCGGCCGCACCAUCAUCGCCCCACUCGACCGUGUGAAGUUCAUCCUGCAGUGCCAAGGCGAACUGCAGCGGCUAGGAACAUUGGAUGGAUCCUUUCGCGGGGCGGGACACUGUGUGCGGCAUCUAGCAUCUAUCGAGGGCUACCGCAGUUUCUGGCGGGGGAAUCUGAUUCAAGUGAUUUCUCUGCUGCCAAUCACAAUUGCACAGAUAUUUAUCGCGCUCCCCACGCAAACCUUUGUGUUUAACGCCUUCCCGCACCAUUCGGCCGCGACGUACACCGCUUCCUUUUACGCGGCACACAUCUCUGGCGCGCUCGCAGCGUCAAUGGUCUCCUACCCACUUGACUUUGCGCGGUUUCGGCUUGCGGUCGACAUUAAGCCCUUCCGUGGGGCCUCGUACGAGUUCCGCCACAGUUUGGCGUUCUUUUCUCAGCCUGUGCUGAGUGAAUCUCCACACCUGCUCUACAAGGGAUUAUGCCUGUACGUGUUUGGCAGUCUGUUGUAUCAGACCGUACACAAUGGUAUUCUGAGGGUAGUGGAGCCGUUCGUCCUCCCUGAGACGCCGGAGAGCGGCUACGGCACGAUAGCAGCGCAGGUAGGGACGGGCCUCACCGUGUCGGCACUCUCAACACUCUGCCUUCACCCCAUCGACACUGUGCGGCGGCGCAUGAUGAUAGCGGCGACGGAGGACGACCUCCGCUACUCCUCAAGCAUGCACUGCGCGCGCCACAUCAUGCGGACUGAGGGGCCGGCGGGUUUUUACCGCGGGGGCCUCUUUGCCCUGGUGCGGAUGGUGGCCACAACGGCGCUGUUCACGCUGGGAAGCGUUGCCAGCUGA